CGUGGUUAAGUAAAGAAUCUUGUCUCUUGCUUUGAAUGCUAUAUCUCUUUGUAUGUUUCAAGUUUUGUCUCUCUCGCUCUCCCUCUCGUUGUCCAUUGUUAAUGCUAACCAAAAAAACGAAAUCAAGAUCCGUGAUGUCUCAUCAUGAGUUUCUCGCCUCUGCUUUUUCUUUUCUUGACGUGAAUUUAUUAGACUCUAUUUGUUAAAAACUUAAAAUCAAGAUCACUUGGUUUCACAAAGUUACAGAGAUUUUGAGAAUGGUGAAGAAUGUGUUUAGCCGAAUUGAUUUGUCGAGUUUUGUUACAGGUUCAACUGAACAUACUUGGCAACCAACAAUGACUUCGGAGACAAACAUUCCAAGUUACUGGCUAAACUGGAGAUUCUUUGUCUGUGCAAUCUUUGUCUUAACGUCUCUGUUUCUAUCUUCUUAUGUGAUUUGGAGAUAUGAAGGACCAAGAACACGCAAAAAACGCGGUGAUGAUGAUCAAAGCUUGGAACUAGAACAACUCACAGGAGUUGUAUAUGAUGAUGAAACUUGGAAUACUUGUGUCAAAGAGAUUCAUCCGAAUUGGUUGUUAGGUUUUCGUGUUUUCGGUUUUGUUGUUCUUCUUGGACUUAUCUCUGGUAAUGCUAUUGCUGAUGGAACCGGCAUUUUCAUCUUCUACACACAAUGGACUUUCACAUUGGUCACAAUUUACUUUGGGCUUGCAGCAUUGGCGUCCAUAUACAGAUUUAAGUCUGCUGAUAAUGGUGAAAACAGAAUCAGUAUAGUAGAUGAAGAGCAAGGUUCGUAUAGACCUCCCGUGAAUGGUGAAAACUCGAAUGUGUUUAAAUCUUCAUACGGACACGAUAGAGAAAACAGGUCUACACGUCAGGUUGCAACUACAUUGGGUUACAUUCAUCAGAUUCUUUUUCAAACUUGUGCAGGAGCUGUAUUACUUACAGAUGGUGUGUUUUGGUUCAUUAUCUACCCUUUUCUUACAGCCAAAGAUUUCAAUCUCGACUUUUUCAUUGUCAUUAUGCACUCAGUCAAUGCUGUUUUCCUCCUCGGUGAAACUUUCUUGAAUUCUCUGCGAUUCCCAUUGUUCAGGGUUUCAUACUUUGUGGUAUGGACCGGCAUAUUCGUGCUAUUCCAAUGGAUUGUUCAUGCUUGUGUCUCCUUCUGGUGGCCUUACCCAUUCUUGGAUUUGUCAUCACCCUACGCCCCUUUAUGGUAUGCGGCUGUUGGAUUGAUGCACAUACCAUGCUUUGGAAUCUUUGCUUUGAUCGUGAAGUUGAAGCACUUGUGGCUCUCAAGAUGUUACUCAGAAGGACCAUACUAAAAAAGUAUCAUAUAUAUUCGAUUGUUUAAUAGUCUCAUAUGAGUCUUGAGCAAAGUUCAUAGAAGAAGUUACAGAUUCUCAUACUCUCAUGUACAAGUACAGGUAUAGGUUCUCUCCUGCCUUCUGUAUCAAUUUUUUUUCUAUGUAAAUUUCCUUUUGAAGGAACAUAUAACUUAGCUAGCUAGUCACCAUUCUUUUGGAGGGGGCCAAAACAAAUAAAACUGUUCUUUUGAAUGAUUACUUUUGUUGCAUCGUGUGAAAUUUGGUUUUGUAGAGUAUUAAAUUAAGCAUCGUCCAACUAUGAUAAAAUUUCAUUAGCUAA